AUGACCAUUGAAGCCAUCAACGGGAAAUCAUCCCAAAUAGAACAUAAAUGUAGCGUCAAAUUGGCAGCACAGUACAAUAACUUUCAGUUUGACAUUCAGUGCUUGGUAAUCCCGGAAAUCACAGAGCAAUUACCAUCUCAACACAUUGAUAUACAAGAUUUGCAAAUUCCUACUAACAUUAGACUCGCUGAUUCUUCAUUUCACAUUCCAGGCAAUAUCAAUAUUCUUAUUGGAGCUGACUAUUUUUGGAGCCUACUUUGCAUAGGGCAGUUGAAAGUGGGCGAAGGUCGGCUUACCAUGCAAAAAACUAAACUGGGUUGGAUAGCAGAAAUUGAGGAAAUUGAAAGCGAAAGGGCAUGGUCCGAGAAGGAGAAAGAUUGUGAAAGGCACUUCUUGGAAAAUACAUAUCGCAACACAGAUGGUAGAGCAUUCCGUUCAAGGAGGAUUCUCGAGAGGAAAUUAAUAAGUAACCCUACUCUCAAAGAUCAAUACGUUGCUUUUCUAGCAGAAUACGAAAAAUUAGGGCACAUGCGCAAGAUAUCUGAGGAGGCAACACACAUUACUUUGUAUUACCUACCACAUCACUGUGUCGUCAAGAAUGAUAGUUCGACCACAAAGGUACGUGUAGUUUUUGAUGUGUCAGCCGCAACAGACAAUGGUAUAUCUCUCAAUGACUUACAAAUGGUGUUAGUCAAUCCAAAUCAGCGUUCUCUACAGAGAAUCAUAUGGCGUUUUAACGAUAAGGAUCCUAUACAAGUCUUCGAGCUAAACACGCUCACAUAUGGUACGGCAUCAGCGCCAUUCUUAGCAACAAGGUGCUUGAAGGAACUAGCCAAUCAGGGGCACAAACGAUCGAACAAGCCAUUGAAAUACGACAAAGCAUCUCGCAGGUCUAGAGUCAGCAGGUUUCUCAUUGCGGAAAUGGGCUUCGAAUGA